CGUAUGGGAUCAGCCCGUGAUGUGUCCAGUUCAUAGUCGUGUUUGUUUAAAUGAAUUAUAGACUAAAGUUAUAAUAGUAAAAUGACACUGAAAAAAUAUUUUGUGUGUGAAUAUCAAUGAAAGUUAAAUUGAUAAAAUUAAAACAAAUUUCAGUUAGUAACCGGAAAUAUGACAGAGGAAUACAUGUAGGAAAGAAGGCAAAAUAGACAUCAGAAUACAACUAACUGACGGAGCCGCGGAACGUGACCGACCGAUCGCCAGAUGAAAGAGAAAGGGGAGUCCGUCCAUUUUCAGUAAUUUGAUAUUUGAUUGUUUAUAGCGUCAAAUCAUUAACAAUGUCAAUACAGUUGCCCUUUUCUAAGCCACAUAUUAAGAUGAAACUGAAAUUCUGGAACAAACGGUCUAUCUCGAUCACCGAAUAUGACCCUGUUUACAAGGUGAUGUAUUUGGGUAACGUGGUUACACCGUGGCUAAAGGGUGAAAGCUGUGUCGACAUGGCCCUAGCCACGUUGUGGAAAAACUACUGUUCUAAUGUUAAACAGGAUAUUCAUAUGACUCUGACCGUAUGUAACUCGGGCUUGAAAGCAGUGACGGGAGAGCACGGACUGACAGAGUACUGGGCAAACCGUAUUACAUAUUGUACGGCCCACCCCCACUAUCCGCGAGUCUUCUGUUGGGUGUACAGGCACGAAAGUCGCCGCUUAAAGCACGAACUUCGCUGUCAUGCUGUUUUGAUUGGUAAGGAAGAUAAAGCUUGGACAAUUGUUAGCCAGUUGAAUCAGAGGCUGACUGCCGCUCUUCAAGAAUUUCGACGGGAAAAACUUAGACGUCAGAAAGCACGGUUGUCGGUAGCAAACUCUUUGUCAGUUUUACCAACUGUUCCCCGCCGGAAGCAGAUGCUCAUUACAGGAAUAAGUAACUUCCGUCCGCCUCUAGAACGUGCAAGAAGUGCACCUAAACUGACAUCUAUUGAGGAAUUAGAAGAGGAAGAAGAGGACUCGGAAUUUGAAGAAGAUUUUGUCUCUGACUCCGUCAUUUCAGAUCACGGGUCAGCCUUGUAUAUACGAAUGGACGAAGUUGACUAUAUUCCUGAUCAUUGUUUGAGCCCCCUGCAGUUGAACGAUUCGUACAUGGAGGAUGUGAUUUCCAAAGUCCAAGGUUCCGAGUCCUUUGAUAUUUCUAAAGGUGAAGACAGCGAUAAUAUUUCAGCAGAAUCUGGUUAUUCGGAAGAAAGAGACACGAGUGUGGAGAAAUAUUAACGUGAGAACAAAAUAAUAAUAUCUGUUUUAUCUUGUUCGCAUACAAUGACCUUAAUCAAAAGCCUUUACUUUCAGUAACAAUAGUCAUCAAAUUAUUACUUUAUAUUAUUGUAAUUCGUAUUUAUUUGUACGUUUUAUGCUUUUCAAUUCUUUGAACAUUAAAGUAUAAAAUACAUUGGAUAUGUAAUAACUUCGAAAGAAUAUAUAAACUUGAGAUAAGACGUUUAUCCCUUCACGUAACAUACGCGGUAUUAAAAUAGACUACGCUCAGAAAUCGUUCUCGUAACUGUUACUGGUUUGCUGACAAAAGACCUAGAUUUAUAAAUGCCCAACACUAGUAUGUGUAACGUUUGUUUGUGUGCAUGAAUUUAUGGCUUAUCUUUAGAUUUCACUCAUUUGAAAUGAGUUCCAAAUGUUUCUAACUUUUCUUUAAUGAUCUUUUAUUUUUAAAAUCGUGUAUGAUUGUUGACCAUCUACAAGUUUAAUAUAUGGGGAGAAAGCUUUUAUAUUUCUGUGCUUGUUAAAGACUGAUCCAGUUCACUUCCCGCAUGACAUCACUAUGGUAUCUAUGAUGUUAAAAAGAAUACCAUCACAUAUAUACAUAUGCACCCAUUAUUAGUAACAGAACUAAAUGAAAAUUAAUAGAAUAUUUCAAAUGCAAUUAGUGAAUGAUAAUUAGCUUUAAUUUCUUUAAAACUAAUUUUAAGAGUAUUAUCUGAAUAAUGCCCUGGGUGGGUAAAAAUGACUGUGAAAUUAAUCUCGAUAUGUCAUACUUAUCAUGCUCAUUGAGAAUGAAUUGUUAGUUCAUCUGAGAUUUAUGACGAGUCAAAAAGUUAUAGACUAGUGCUUAAACAUAGACUUUAAUACAAACUUCUGUUGCUCUAGACUACAGUGUUUAACGAUAGCAUGAAGCGACUGAUAAAAUUGAGUUGCCGUUCUGGGUCCCGAAGAACAUGGAAAAGACAAGAACAUUAGAGUUGCAUUUUUUUUUUCGUACAUAUACUUGUGUUAUCAAUGGUAAUUUCCAAAUGGGGAGUUGAAAGAUGCUUAAGAAAUCUCCCUAAUUUAACACGUGGCUUCAUACAUGUUAAUGAAAAAAUAUAUUAAUUUCAAGUAGAGAUAAUAUGUAAGUUCCUAAAGAAUUAAAAUAUAAUAUAUAUAUAUAUAUCUUUAACAUUAGGUCAUGUAGAGAGUUAAUCAAGAUAUGUGAUGUUGACAGGAGAUGGAACGUUUCAGUAUGUCAUAUUUUACUUUGU